GUGUGGAUUUGCAGCAACCGCACUGGAUGCCAUUCCACCAGCCGUCCCACAGCCUGAAUCUGGCUUCUCCGAUUUGCUAGAAGCCGUGUGCGCUGCUGCUUGGGGAGCCGCAAAUGAGCGCAAGUUUGGCGCUGGUAACUUGGAUGCUCAGCAGGCUUGGGACAGAUUUGCUCGACACAUGCAGCAGCUGGCUCAUCGUGGGGGCCUGUCUGAAGAGACCAUGCAGGACUUGAAGUGGUAUGUCUUUAACGUUUGCUGGAUGACCGUGAACUUGCGUUGGUAUGGAGCAUCAAGCACAGACCACCACGAGGCGUCCAACAGAGCUUCACACCAUUUCCGCCAACUGGGGGGAGCGGAACGUGUAAUUCUGGGACGCCGCCCAGUGUCAAAAGGAUGUUCCGCAUUCUGGCAAAGCAAUUUUGCAUGCAUCGUUGCAUCCUUUGCAUGCUCUUAAACUACCAUCCGCUGGACUCUCAUUGGCC